GUUCAGUUGGAUUAUGUCAAGAAGUUCGUGAUGAAUCGCGCUAGAAGCUAGGUCGUUGGCGCGUACCUCGACAGCACGUCACAUGAGAACGCGCAAAACCUCGGAAGCACACUGCCCAGCCUAAAGGUAAAGUUUGCGUCGACAUAAAGCAGGACGAACAGGUCACGUACAUCUGGACGUAUACUCAACCACUCCUUACUAGCCUCAUUCCCUCUCUGUCGGGCUCCACUUAAAGCAUGACGACAAUGGCCAGACCACAACCACACCCGCGACAGCACGCAUUUUUGACGGCACGGAAUUUGCUGAACCUAGACUGCAGCGCGGACUUAAAGUCAUAUCGACGAGACCUCGGCCCCGGUGUACAAGCAAAAUGCUUUGAGAAGACGAGCGACACGAUACGAGCGCAACUAGACGACCAUCGAGCAUUUUUGCUGCGGCAUAGACAGAAUGGGCAGGCCUCGGGGUUUCCCAGUCCUGUUCCACGGCUCGAGCCCCCACCCUCGCAUGCUGCGCACAGCAGUCCCGCACAACCACACAUGUCAUCGCCAAACAACAACUAUCACAUAGCAUCUCAUCCUCGACCGCUGUCGGUCCUCUCGCAACCGCACGCGCCGCGCGCGCCCCAACCAGCCCCGUCACCAUCUCGACCUCAAAACUCAGUGCCCGGGCGCAUAGCCACAUAUCCAGCAAGCCUUCGACAAGCACUGGAGCGUGGUCGUCAAUACGGGCACCGACAUGAGGCUGGAUAUGUAUACGAAGUCAUCGUGCACGUUAGUAGCCAAGAAUACUUGAUCACAAAAGAUCGUGUUGGUGCCUACGAAAGUUUACAGGAUGCCAAUAUGGAGGCUGUCGGUGUCUUAUUGUCUGGGGGAUACUAUGGAUCAGCUCUUGAUGAGCCUACAUGCGAGGUAGAGGAGAAUGGAGCGCUUAGAUUUGAGCUCUACACAGAUGGCUUUACAGGAGGACAGACCGAAAUAUACGUCAAGAGGGCUCGGGCAAGACAAGGCCAAAUUACAAUAGGAUGAUGGCUUGGCAAAGUUCCACGAAGGCACUACCC